AUGCCGAGGAGGGGUAGGCGGUUGGGUAUUGCUUAUGUCCAUGACGACAAAGAGCGUGAUGUCACCUUCUUCAAGCGACGUGGCGGUUUAUUCAAGAGCGCUGCCGACCUCAACGCCAUCAUUGGUGCUAGGGUUGCUAUCAUCCUGGAGACAGAAAAUAAGAAAAUGUACUCAUUCGGGACGCCAUCAACUGGCCCCAUUGUCGAUGCUUUUUUGUCAGCAGCACCGCUAGGAAAUCAAUUCACUAAGAAGGAAACAAGUGCCCAAAUUGCGCGACUACAAAGUGAGGUGGCUCGACUUGAUAUGGAACAUGGGAUGGAGGAUAAGAGUAAUCAACUCUCCAUCCAACAUGUGAAACAAAUCCAAGAACAGUACCCAGGUAUGGUGGCAAAACUUAUCUUCUCGAAGGAACAAGAUCUCAACCUGGAAGAUGCUAAAAAGCUCUUCAAUGAACUCUCUCGUAUCCAUGAGGUCACUAGACACCGGCUGCCUAAAUUGCAUCAUAGCUACAAAGCCAUAACCGAUGGUGCAAGCGUGAUUCAAAACAUGCUACCAUCAAGUGGUCCACCGCCAGAGAGCUUGAAGACUAUCCCUUCAUCAGUGCACUCAAUGUGGGAUCACCAUCUUCCGCAACACCAUAUGCCUUCCACUCUGCUAAUAUCAGCACCUGAACACAACGUGGAACCACUUUUUCCUUGGGUACCACAAGUGUUCCAUGUUGCAUCAACAACUUCAGCGCCACAAUUUGCUUCCCAGCUACAAGGCAUUCCUAAUCAGGUACAGGAUCCGCCUCCAGCAGAUUUGGAUGUCGAGGACUAUAUAAGCCCUUGCGACACAGUGCACCCACCACAAAACAAUGCAAGCCCUAUCUCAACAACUGAGCAUAAUAUGGAAGCCUCUCCACUAUUGGUCUACUCAAGUAGCAACAAUUUUGUUGUGGAUGACCCAUUUGGCCGUGAUCAAUGGGGUUUUGCUCUACCAGAUCAACAGCUCUACAAUGGGUUUCUAGGGAUGGAUGGUUACCUAGGCUAUAAUGGUACCUAUGUAGGACAAUCUUCUAUGGGUAAUGGUGGAUGGGUUGAUGCUCCUCCAGAAUCUUCUCCUGAUGAAAGAAGGGAACCUGGAUAA